UGUUGCCCUCUCCCGGUCUCGUUCCUUUAUCACGCGACCAUGGCGUUUGUACCACGAUCAAUCUCAAAAAAACGCAAAUUUGUUGAAGAUGGCCUCUUCAAAGCAGAACUCAACGAGUUUUUUACUCGUGAACUCGCUGAAGAUGGUUACUCUGGUGUUGAAGUACGUGUUACACCUUUGAAAAAAGAAGUUAUUGUAAUGGCUACCCAUACACAAAGUGUACUUGGUGAAAAAGGACGUAGAAUUCGUGAAUUAACAUCAGCUGUACAAAAACGUUAUGGAUUUAAAGAUGGUACUGUUGAAUUAUAUGCUGAAAAAGUUGCUAAUCGUGGUCUCUGUGCAAUUGCACAAGCUGAAUCAUUGAGAUAUAAAUUGAUUGGUGGUCUUGCUGUCCGCAGAGCAUGUUAUGGAGUUCUUCGUUUUAUUAUGGAAUCAGGAGCUAAAGGUUGUGAAGUUGUUGUUUCUGGCAAACUUCGUGGUCAAAGAGCCAAGUCAAUGAAAUUCGUUGACGGUUUGAUGAUUCACUCUGGUGAACCAACUCUUGAUUAUGUUGAUACAGCAACUCGUCAUGUUUUACUUAGACAGGGAGUUCUUGGAAUUAAAGUUAAAAUUAUGUUACCAUGGGAUCAAACUGGUAAGACUGGACCCAAAAAACCACUUCCAGAUAAUGUCAGUGUUGCUGAACCAAAAGAAGAAAACAUACCAUUAAUGCCAACUUCUGAUAUCAAGUUCACUAAUGAUGCACCACCACAACCACAACCACAAGUUGCACCAAUUGCUGUGUAAUUUUUUGGAAUAAAAAAAUAUUAAUAUCAAUUAAA